CGAUGACAGUCAUGCCAAGAGAAACAAAGGUUACGUUGUCCAUGGCCGAGAGGUCCGGUAGGUCGGGUGCCGUACCACACGGGCAGGGGAGGUUGGCUUCGUUGCAACAGUAAGACGAAAACUGACCCAAAUGGUAGAAGCUAAUCACGUGUGCAUCACACAAGCAACAUUGUGGUGGCAGUAACAACCUCGAAGUUGGGUCGGCCAAGCUCUAGAAGCGCUCUUGUGCCGCUCGUAUAACAGCCACCGUUUGAUCCUUCGAAUUUCAAGGCAGGCAACAUGCACUCUCGAUCGAUCGGUAGAAUAUUCAGAGAAAUAAUGUGACAUAGUUACCCUUACCCUUCUGAGGCUAUUGGGCCACCCCAUCCAUCCACCACCAUCAGCUUUGAAUUUUUCAUGCGCAAAACCCAGCUGUGAUGUCUUUUCUACGGUCGCCCUUUGUGCAGCAUCUCCUGGGCAUCCUUCAGGUCGUGUCGGCAUGUUUCAUGGCAUGGAAGGGCGCCUGCCUUCUUUCUGGCACUCCCUACCCGGCCGUGGUGGUCAUCACCAACUCGAUGGCCCCGGCCUUUGAUCCGGGGGACAUCUUGCUCGUCCAUCGCCACCCGGCACAUGACGGGAGAGUAAGGGUUGGUGACCUUCCCGUCAUCCUCAAUCCUGAUCGACCAUUUCCUUUUAUUCACCGGGUUGUUGGUGUGUUUUAUGAUGACAAUCAGGAGGAGAUGGUGUUGACCAAAGGUGACAACAAUGAGCUGAACGAUUCAGUUGGAAUGAUGUAUCCUGGUGGGCAGGAAUACAUCUCUCGACGUGAAAUCGCCGGCUUCGUUAGAGGCUAUGUUCCUUUGCUGGGUUGGGUUGUUAUUUUCUUGCAGGACCCUGUCCGUACUAUGGAGCGGUUGCUAUCUUCAGGUGACGAGCUCGGGCCUGACAACUUUAUAUGAUUCUGUUGAAUUUCUCCCCGACAUCGAUCACCUUCAGUGAUUGGUCAACGUUGAGCAACUAUCUGACCUACAUACCCAGAGCAACAUAGAUCUUGGGGUACAUCCACAGCGGCACCACCAUAAAGAAGAAUCCAAACAGGUACAUCAUCCCGGCCGUUCUCACCGCCCAAGACGGCACCCCUCUCUUGCAACUCUUCCACCCCGCCGUCUUCCAGACAAAAGUCUCCACGGCACAAGCCACAAAGUUCAAGAAAAAGAACAAGACAUCCCGACCCAUCGCCCCGUCACCAACAGCCCACCCCCCCAAGCCGUGUGACAAGCCCGAAAGUAAAAAAACAAACAGGGGUACCAAUGUCUUUCUCAAACCUGUUUUCUUCUCAACGCCAAGUAUACCCAAGAAGAGGCCCGCAUAAAACGCAAACGUCGGGAUCGUAAUCCUAUUCCACACUUUCCCCCAAAAGCCCCUCACAGACGUCGCAUUCGCCGCACGCCCCCAGAUCGAGGGCCACUCCUCCGGUUCAUCCCAUCUCAGGACUGCAACGAACGCAAUCGAGAGAGCACAACGGGAGGCUUCAAGAAGGUAAAACGCUGUCCAGAUCCAGUUCACCGAGAUGCCGGCUCGGAUGAGGAGCUGUCUACCGGUGAGUGGUUGGAAGCGAAAGACUUCGUAGUCAGGGGCAAAAUCCGAUGGUUUGGCGCCUGUGAAGACAAAUACGGAAAUGACACCUUGGACGAGAUGCGUGUCUGCUGUGAAGAGGAGGGCGAUCUUGACGAGCUUAAGGAUGGCGAAUCUGAGCCGGGAUUGGGGGUUCUUGUUGUGAGUAGUGGAGAAUAUCACUGGGGGGGCUUCAAGCCCUCGAGGGUUGUUCCAGAGCUUGUAAGCGUUAAUGAAACCCGGGGAUUUUGGUGGUUGGUGGUCAAGAACAAGGAUUUUGAGAGUGUGAAGAAAGUAGAAGAUGACGAGGCUGGCGUAGGUGCUGUUGAGCCCUCCAGGCCAUGUCAGGUGGUGGCAAGUGUUCAGAGACAGGAAGUUAAGUGGCCAUAUGGCGAGCAGUGAAAGCUUUCGGAUUCCUUUUCCUUGGCGUAGAGACAAUAUCGUGAUGAGGCUCGCCAGAGAAAAAGACCAUAAAGGGGUGAAUACUGUCGAAUGCAUUAUCGUGAGUGAAAUGUCGC